AUGUCAACCCUCAACUACUUCAACUAUGAGGGCGUCGGCAAGACCAACAACAAGCUCUACUCCUACUCCCAAGCCGUGCGCGUUGGCAACAUCAUCAAGUGUUCCGGUCAAGGUGGCUGGGAUGCCGAGGGCAACAUUGACAAGGACGACCUCAAGGGUCAGAUUGACCUUGCCUUCAAAAACGUCGAAAAGAACCUCAAGGACGCCGGCGCAAAGGGCUGGGCAGAUGUCUACUCUGUAAAGAGCUUCCAUAUUUCUCUUUCUGGAUCAUUUGAUCUUAUGGUGGAGGAGUUUCGCAAGUGGAUGCCUGAUCAUCAGCCGACAUGGACUUGUGUGGGUGUUACGGAGUUGGGUAUCCCGGGUAUGAUUGUCGAGAUUGAGGUUGAGGCAUAUAUUUCUUAG